AUGUUCGACAUGAACGAGCCCUCCAGCAGCAACAAGAGGGACACCGAGUCUGAGAAGAGGUCAGACGACAACGUGUCUUGCUACAAUAGCCGGGAGAGCAUGCACAAUUUCGGCAAGGGUGGAAAAGGGAGUACCUACUGUUCUGGCGAAAGGGGCAGCGCGGGGAACUUUAAGUUGGACGACGAGUUUGAGGACGACGAUGAGGAUGACCAUGCUAAGGAGAGCACUAAGCAGAGCAGUAAGGACAGCAGGAAGGGAAGCAACAAAGGCAGCAGCAACGGAAGCAGCAAAGGAAGCAGCAAAGACAGCAGCAAAGGCAGCAGCAAUGACAAAGGGAAUGGUAACGACGACAUCGGGGAUUAUUUUGGAGGGAGGGACGCCCUCUACAGCAAAGACGGAGGAAAAAAAAAGGAAAACCCUCUAAUCCGUAACGGAAGCGAAUUCUUUUUAAGCGAGGACGAGAUGAGAAGCAGCAACAUGAGCAUCGAUAUAAGCAGCCAGCUCCGGAAGGUUCAGACCAAAGUGUGCGUGAAUAGACACAAAACGACGAAGAGUGGACAAGAGAAAAGUGCCAGGGAAGGGAUACGGGCGUACAAGCAGCAGGACAUGUCCCCUCUGGAGGACAACACUUUUGGUGCCAAUAGGAGUUUCAACCAAUCGCUGAACUUGACGAAGAACGACAUUAUGUAUUACUGCGAGGGGGGGAGGAUGCUGAAGGGGGAUUUCGUCGAGGGAACGAUGAGUAAAUCUGGGUUGAAGUUAAGUAUGGGUGGGGGGACGCAUCUGAGCGGUGGAACACACAUCAGCGGCGGGACACACGUGAGCGGCGGGACACACGCUAGCAGCACAACCUACCACGAGGAGGGCCCUUUCUUCAAGCCCGCGAAGCUGCGGAGCGAUCGGGAGAAGGCGCAGAGGAAUCCACGUCUGGGCUGCAGCUUGAAGAAGGCGACCAGGAGCAGUGGAUACGUGGGGGGGCGUGCUAAUAGCGCUAAUAGCGGUGAUGACGGCGGUGACAACUGUGGUGACCACUGCGGUAAUGAUUGCGAUCAUAACGGAGGGGGACUCCUCUUCGCCGAAGUGACCAAACGGUCCAUCGAAGCCAAAGGGAAGUGCAUCAACAACAACACAAAGAUAAAGAUCAAGCGGCUGUGCGAAAAAAUUGAGGGAUUUGAAAAAGAAAUAAAAAACGAAAUUCUACAGAAAAAAAACGUGGAGAAGGAGAAAAUCUUUGUCAUCAGGGAAGCGAUUAAUAAAUUGGAAAAAAAUCUCAACAACGAGAUAAAGAAACGAAUUGAGCACAACAGAACGAUUCAGAGCAUCUUUUCCUCAGAGAUAUUAAAGGUGCAGGAAAAAAUUGAACAUGUCGUGAAAGACAAGGUGGGAGAAAUUGAGAAAGCCAUCAAAGCUCUGAACAAUAAGGUAGAUACCGUUGCCAGUAACAUAGAAAGUGAGAAGAUGAAGUGUAUCCAGAAUUUGGAGAAAAGGAAUAACAGCAUUGCUCGUGAUUUCUCCAGCCUGCAGGCCGCCUUUCAGCAGGACAAGGCGAGCAACAAGGAGAAGGAGAGCAGCAUCUGCAAGAAGUUGGAGGAGCUGGAGCGGAAAUCGGAGAGCCGGAUCGCCACGGAGAAGAACAUCCGAGACAGCAAGUACCAGGAAAUAAUCUCUUACAUCGAGGAAAUCAAGAGGGAGAGGAAGGGGAAGAACGAAAACUUCCAGACCUUCGUCAUGGAGGAAAUCGCAACGAUAAAGAACGGACUGAUACUGGAGUCGCAGGCGCGCGAGGCGGCCGAUGAUGACAUCGUCCAGGCGGUGAACCACUACACGAAGGCGCUGCAGGACUCGCUGCGGCUGAUCAAUUCGAAUUAG